AUGGUCAGUUUAAAGCAGCAGAUUGAUGUGCUGGAUUAUUUCGGUCCUGUGUGCGUUUUCAUCAGCUUUUUCGCCAUAGUCUUCGUAAUAUCCGUUACUUGCAUCUUGUGGUUCUGUGUCAGUGACACGGAUGAUGUGACCGUGUUCUCUAAGGUGGGUUUUAUAAUCUGA